UAAGUUAUUAAGAUAAAUUAAAUAACUUACAUGAUAUGUUAUCAUUUAUCAUCCCUACCAUCUUCUUAUCUUCACCACGCGUAUGUGGAAUCUACUACAUUUCUAACCUCAAAUUGUCAAUUGAAAAGCUUACGUAAAAAACAUGUCAUAAAAAAUGUUUCUUUCGAAAUGUUAUAAAAACGGAAGAAUUUUUACUUGAAAGUAUAAAAUAGCACAAAUUCUUUUACAGAUUAGAUACGUUCGUUAACUUUACAGAUAUAAAGUUUAUAGCUGAUAUUUAUGAAAGUUAAUCGAAACAGUAUAUGUGAUGAAAACUCUUAAUAUAUAUUAUUUAUAUUCUAACGUGAUAAUGGUCCAACAUACAACGAAACAACAUUCUUAUAUAUUUUUAAAUGAUCAUUUAUUUUGCUGAAUUAGAAACAUGGAUAAUUCUGUAAAAUUAAUUAUAUAUAAAGGCACCACAAUUUUCGAUAGCGUUAUUGUUACGUCUUAUUCUGUGAUUAAAUAUGAGCAAGAAAUAAGAAAAACUAAAAAUAUGUGUCAGAUAAAUGUUGACACGAACAAUGUCAGUGAAAGUAAUGGGAUACAAAUGAACAAAAUUUGGUUAAACAAAAAAGGACUGAAUGCCUAUGUUGUAUCAGCAUAUAUUGUGACAUUAACUAAUUCACAAACAUAUCGAAAAGCUGCACUUACAAAAUUGUUACAAUAUUUAGCAUACAGAUUGUUGAACAGAAUAAAUUCAUCAGUUAUCUUAAUAAGAUUACAAACGCCAAAAAGACAAUUCUUAGAUUACAAAUGGAAUGAAAGGAUAACUCAAAUGGCAAUAGAAAGAAGAGAAGUUGAUCAUACUAUGUCUUGGUUGUCUACUUUGGGUGGAGCAUUUUCUGCUUUAGGAGAAGAAUUUCAACACUGUGCUGAGAUGGCUGGAAAAAUUUCUAUAAAGCAAUUUGAAUUAGCACUUCGUGUCAGAGAUCCCUUUUUAAUUGCUCGUUGUAAAUUGUACACUGCUUUGAGUUUAAUUCAACAAGGCCAGCUAAACAAACCAAAAAGAAUGGUAAGGUGUAUUUAUAAAUUUUCUAUUAACCAGAAUGAUAUUCGUUUGCAAAAUAUGUGUCAAGGUAUAUGGGCAAAACUUAAAUAUUGUUAUAGAAUACAAAAGAAACGGCAUAAAACUGUCUAACAUUAAUUACAUAUAAAAUUUUUGAAUAUAAUUUAAAAUUAGGCUAAUUAAAUUUGAUAUUUAUGUUUAGAAAUAAAUAAUGUGUACAAAAUAUCAUUUCCAAAGAUGUAUUUUUUGUAAUUAUUAUAAAUGUUAAUAAAAGACAUCU